AUGGCCGCCGAGAUUUCGGUUACCCUGUCCCGGCCAGAGAUGCCUUCUGGCCUGGGUUUCUCGUUACUCAGCGUUGCCGACUGCCCGCCGGUCAUCUACGAUAUCAUCGAGAACACUCCGGCCGCCGAAUGCGCCAAGAUCGAAGUUGGCGAUAUUAUCACUAAGAUAAACAAUGAAGAUGUGCGGAAAUGUACAAUAAAAGAAGUUUUGAAAUGUUUGAGAUUAGCACAAAACCCCAUUAAUCUGAAACUAGUCAGAGAUCCUGCUAUAAAAAAUAAAGUGCAUGAUAAACUGGCUGAAGAUGAAAACUCCCCUCAGUUAUUACUCCGUGAUAUAGAUUCUCCACCACCUCCAUCCACAACAUCAUCCACCACCAUUAGAAAUGGUUACUAG